CCUAGAAUUGGGCGCGCAGUGUUGUUUUUUGUUGUCGGCAUUUUUCGCGUGCGAGUUUUGUGUCGCGAAUUGUGGAUUAUUUCGCAAGGCGGUGUAAUUGUUGUUAAAUUUAUUAAGUUUUUGCUGCAUUGAACAUCCACGAUGACCGACUCCCUGGAGUACAACGACAUAAGCGCCGAGGUGCGCGGUGUUAUGUCCUCCGGGCGGCUGAAGAUGACCGAUCAACACAUCAUCUUCAAGAACACCAAGACCGGCAAGGUGGAGCAGAUUGCAUCGGAUGACAUUGAUCUGAUCAACUCGCAGAAGUUCGUGGGCACCUGGGGCCUGAGGGUGUUCACCAAGAGCGGCGCACUGCACCGCUUUACGGGAUUUCGUGACAGCGAGCACGAGAAGCUGGGCAAGUUCAUCAAGGAUGCGUACAAGCAGGACAUGGUCGAGAAGGAGAUGUGCGUCAAGGGCUGGAACUGGGGCACCGCUCGCUUCAUGGGCUCCGUCCUCAGCUUCGACAAAGAGAGCAAGACAAUCUUUGAAGUGCCGCUGUCCCAUGUUUCGCAGUGCGUCACGGGCAAGAAUGAGGUGACGCUGGAGUUUCAUCAGAACGAUGAUGCGCCCGUGGGUCUGCUCGAGAUGCGUUUCCAUAUUCCCGCCGUGGAGUCGGCGGAGGAGGAUCCGGUGGACAAGUUCCAUCAGAAUGUAAUGAGCAAGGCCUCGGUUAUAUCGGCCUCCGGCGAGUCCAUUGCCAUAUUCCGGGAGAUCCAGAUCCUCACGCCUCGCGGUCGCUACGACAUCAAGAUCUUCUCCACCUUCUUCCAGCUGCACGGCAAGACGUUCGACUACAAGAUUCCCAUGGAUUCGGUGCUGCGACUCUUCAUGCUGCCGCACAAGGACAGUCGUCAAAUGUUUUUCGUGCUCUCCCUGGAUCCCCCGAUCAAGCAGGGACAGACGCGCUACCAUUAUCUGGUGCUUCUCUUCGCCCCCGACGAGGAGACCACCAUUGAGCUGCCCUUCUCGGAGGCUGAGCUGCGCGACAAGUACGAGGGCAAGCUGGAGAAGGAGCUCUCUGGACCGGUGUACGAGGUGAUGGGCAAGGUGAUGAAGGUGCUCAUAGGACGCAAAAUCACAGGACCGGGUAAUUUCAUUGGACACUCUGGCACGGCGGCAGUGGGCUGCUCCUUCAAGGCCGCAGCUGGCUAUCUGUAUCCCCUGGAGCGCGGCUUUAUCUACAUUCACAAGCCACCGCUGCACAUUCGGUUCGAGGAGAUCAGCUCAGUGAAUUUUGCCCGCAGCGGUGGCUCCACCCGCUCCUUUGACUUUGAGGUAACGCUCAAGAACGGAACCGUCCACAUUUUCUCGUCCAUCGAGAAGGAGGAGUACGCCAAGCUCUUCGACUUCAUCACGCAGAAGAAGUUGCAUGUGAGCAACAUGGGCAAGGACAAGAGCGGCUACAAGGAUGUGGACUUUGGCGACUCGGAUAACGAGAACGAGCCGGAUGCCUAUCUGGCACGCCUCAAGGCAGAGGCCAGAGAAAAGGAGGAGGAUGACGAUGAUGGCGAUGAUUCCGAUGAGGAGUCCACGGAUGAGGACUUCAAGCCAAACGAGAAUGAGUCCGAUGUGGCCGAGGAGUACGACAGCAAUGUGGAGAGUGAUUCGGAUGACGAUAGCGAUGCCAGCGGUGGCGGUGGCGACAGCGAUGGCGCCAAAAAGAAGAAGGAAAAGAAGGCCGAAAGGAAGGAGAAGAAGGAAAAGAAGCACAAGGAAAAGGAGCGAACGAAAAAGGCAACCAAGAAGAAGGACACCGGCAAGCCCAAGCGUGCCACUACCGCCUUCAUGCUCUGGCUGAACGAUACUCGCGAGAGCAUCAAGAGGGACAAUCCGGGCAUCAAGGUCACCGAGAUUGCUAAGAAGGGAGGCGAGAUGUGGAAGGAGCUGAAGGACAAGUCCAAGUGGGAGGAGAUGGCAAACAAGGACAAGCAGCGCUACCAGGAGGAGAUGCGCAACUAUAAGCCGGAAGCGGGUGGCGACAGCGAUAAUGAGAAGGGCGGAAAGGCAACCAAGAAGCGAAAGACGGAGUCUUCUCCAACCAAAAAGGCAAAUACCUCUGGAGGCAACUUUAAGAGCAAAGAGUACAUAUCCGAUGACGACUCCACCAGCUCUGAAGAGAAGGACAAAGAACCCGCCGAGAAGAAGGGCAAGCCUGAGGAUUCUGACAAGGCGAAAAAGAAUUCCAAGAAGAGCGAGAGCGAAGCGGAGGAGAGCGAGGAGCCCAGCGACGAGGAUGAGGAGGAUGAUGACGCUGAAGGCAGUGAUUAAGGCCCCCAAUAACAACACAACAUAAUUCCAUAAACAGCCCACACACCACAUCAAUGUCCCAAUUGUAGUUUACGCCUAGGUUUAGUUAAGUGCUGCCUGUUGGAUACAGACCAACACGAUUUUGUUUAAUUAAAACUCAACAACAAA